UUCCCUAUCAGCAGAACCCCUACACCCCUGGGAGCAGCUCCACCGUCAUCCAGUGCUACCGCUGUGGGGACACCUGCAAGGGCGAGGUGGUGCGAGUCCAGAGCAACCACUUCCACAUCCGCUGCUUCACCUGCCAAGUGUGCGGCUGUGACCUGGCCCAGUCUGGCUUCUUCUUCAAGAACCAGGAGUACAUUUGCACUCACGACUACCAGCAGCUCUAUGGGACCCGCUGCGACAGCUGUGGGGACUUCAUCACUGGAGAGGUCAUCUCAGCCCUUGGCAGGACCUACCACCCCAAGUGCUUUGUCUGCAGCACAUGCAGGAAGCCGUUCCCCAUUGGAGACAAGGUCACGUUCAGCGGGAAGGACUGCGUGUGCCAGAACUGCUCCCACUCUCUCAUCAGCACCAAACCCAUCAAGAUCCAUGGGCCCAGCCACUGCGCAGGCUGCAAGGAGGAGAUCAAGCAAGGCCAGUCCCUCCUGGCCCUGGAGAAGCAGUGGCACGUCAGCUGCUUCAAGUGCCAAACAUGCGGGAUCAUCCUCACCGGCGAGUACAUCAGCAAGGAUGGCAUCCCGUACUGCGAGUCCGACUACCAUGCCCAGUUUGGCAUCAAGUGCGAGACCUGCGACCGGUACAUCAGUGGCAGGGUCCUGGAGGCAGGAGGGAAGCACUACCACCCUACCUGCGCCAGAUGUGUCCGCUGCCACCAGAUGUUCACGGAAGGAGAGGAGAUGUACCUCACAGGCUCGGAAGUGUGGCACCCCAUCUGCAAGCAGGCAGCCAGAGCGGAGAAGAAGCUAAAGCACAGAAGGACAUCAGAAACCUCCAUCUCGCCCCCUGGUUCCAGCAUCGGCUCCCCAAACCGUGUCAUCUGUGCUAAAGUGGAUAAUGAGAUCCUUAAUUACAAAGACCUGGCAGCUCUUCCCAAGAUUAAAGCCAUCUAUGAAGUGCAGCGUCCUGACCUCAUUUCCUACGAGCCCUAUCACAGAUACACGUCGGAUGAGACACUGGAGAGAUAUAGCUAUGGGGAGUCCCUGGGGACCCUCUCCCCGUACUCACAGGACAUCUAUGAGAGCUUUGACAUGCGGCAGAGGCGAGCCUCCAGCCCUGGCUACAUCGACUCCCCCACCUACAGCCGCCAGGGCAUGUCCCCCACCAUCCCGAGGUCCCCACACCAUUUCUACCGCUCAGGCACUGAGAGCGGGCGCAGCUCCCCCUACUAUAGCCAGUUAGAUGUGAGGUCCUCCACUCCAACCUCAUACCAAGCACCCAAGCAUUUCCACAUCCCAGCUGCCGGUGAGAGCAACAUAUACCGGAAGCCCCCCAUCUAUAAGCGCCAUGACAACCCCUCUGCAGCCACGAAAAGCAAAACCAGCGAAGACAUUGCACAGUCAUCCAAGUACAGCCCUGCCUACUCCCCGGACCCGUACUACCACUCCGAGUCAGAGUACUGGUCCUUCCAAAGCUCCCCCAAAGCCCCCCGGGCCCGGAGGUUCUCGUCGGGAGGCGAGGAGGACGGGUACGACCGGGGCAUGCACAAGAUCCAGAGCGGCAUCGGCCGGCUGAUCCUGAGGGAGGAAAUGAAGGCUCGGUCCAACUCCUAUGCAGACCCCUGGACACCCCCUCGCAGCUCAGCCAGCAGCAGAGAAGCCCUGCACACAGUUGGCUACGAGGGCUCCCUUAACGGUCUGCUUGUCUCUCCCCGGAUGCACUACCUGGCUGACAGUGAUCCCCUCAUUUCUAAGUCGGCCUCCCUUCCUGCCUACAGAAGGAAUGGGCUGCACAGGCCUCCCAGUGCCGAGCUUUUCCACUACGACAGCACGAAUGCCGUCAACUGGGGCAUGCGAGAGUACAAGAUAUACCCCUACGAGCUGCUCCUGGUGAAGACAAGGGGGAGGAACCAGCUGCCCAAAGAUGUGGACAGGACUCGGUUAGAGCGGCACCUCUCCCAAGAGGAGUUCUACCAGAUCUUCGGCAUGACCAUCGCAGAGUUCGACCGCCUGGCGCUGUGGAAGAGGAAUGAGCUGAAGAAGCAGGCCCGGCUGUUUUAAAUGCAGUGCACUAUAAAUAUAUACAUACCUAUAAAUAUAUACAUAGAAAGAUCUCUAUCCUGCAGCUCUGUAUGAUUCUCGGUGCUGUACGUGGCAGAGGCGCCCUCUGCACCCCUGAGAGUGAAUUGGAGUCUUGCAGA